AUGAGCUUCACCAGCCCUCAGGUAAAUGUUCAGGAGGAGGAGGCCAAGGAAAUGUCCCCGAACAGCAGAGAGAGAGAAACGCACUGCAGUGACGUAAGUUUCCCCCACAUCUCCCCUAACAUCUACUGCUGUGGAGCAGGAACAGCUGCAGACACGGAGAUGACCACUCAGAUCAUCUCCUCCAACCUGGAGCUGCACGCCCUCUCCACAGGACGGGUGCCCCGCGUGGCCACCGCCAACCGCAUGCUCAAACAGAUGCUCUUCAGGUAUCAGGGCCACAUCGGGGCGGCUCUGGUUCUGGGGGGAGUGGACUGUAACGGCCCUCACCUCUACAGCAUCUACCCCCACGGCUCCACUGACAAGCUGCCCUACGUCACCAUGGGCUCUGGCUCUCUGGCUGCCAUGGCUGUGUUUGAGGAUCGCUACAAGCCUGACAUGGAGGAGGAGGAUGCCAAGCGGCUGGUGAGAGACGCCAUCGCUGCAGGAAUCUUUAACGACCUGGGCUCCGGCAGCAACAUCGACCUGUGUGUCAUCACCAAGGGCAACCUGGACUACAUCCGGCCCCACGAGGAGGCCAACAAGAAGGGUGUCAGAACCGGUGACUACAAGUACAAGAGAGGAACCACAGGCGUGCUGUCGAAGGCGGUGACCCCGCUGAACCUGGAGGUGGUGGAGGAGAGCGUUCUCACCAUGGACACCUCCUAAAAACACUUACUAUGUCUUCUUCAUGUAACUCACUAGCUUCACAAUUCCUAACUCGAUGGUUUGUUUUUCCAUAAUUUACAAUAAAAGUGUUUGAGUUGA